AUGCUCCCCGCCCCCCAAAACAAGCCAUCCCCCCGUUCUGCCCCGUCGCACAUUCGGCCCCGGCGACUCGGCCAGAGCGGCGCUGGCAGAGGAGUGUCCGGCAGGAGGGCCUUCGCCCGCUGCCAGGUUCGCAUGUCACGCAGCAGGAAGGUGGGCGGCGUCGGUGCCGGCUUCAGAACCAUGGCGCUUCCAGUGGGGAAGUCGACGCUGGUGCUUCUUGCCUUCUUGGCCUUCGCCUCGUGCUGCUAUGCUGCUUACCGCCCCAGCGAGACCCUGUGCGGCGGGGAGCUCGUGGACACUCUGCAGUUCGUCUGCGGAGACCGCGGCUUCUACUUCAGCAGACCAGCCGGCCGUGCGAGCCGUCGCAGCAACCGUGGCAACGGGAUCGUGGAGGAGUGCUGCUUCCGCAGCUGCGACCUGGCACUUUUGGAGACCUACUGUGCCGCCCCCGCCAAGUCCGAGAGGGAUGUGUCGACUCUCCCGACCGUGCUUCCGGACAACGCCCCCAAAUACCCCGCGGGCAAGCAGUUCCAACCCAGCGCCUCGCAGCCCUCCCAACGCCUGCGCCGAGGCCUGCCCGCCGUCCUGCGGGUCCGUCGCGGUCACAUGCUGGCCAGGGAGUUGGAAGCCUUCAAGGAGGCCAAACGCCAGCAGCGCCCCUUGAAUGCCCUGGCCACGCACGACCCCGCUGCCCGCGGGGGAGCCUCCCCAGAGGUGUCCAGCGAUCGGAAGUGA